AAAUUCCACCUUUAUCCUUCGUCUUCCCCCAUUUGCUAUAAUGGCCCUGUGAUGACAGCAACAUAUUAGACUUGAGUAGAGGAAGACAGAGUUUGUUUGCUGUUCUGGUGAAGCUAAACAGUAGUUGAACAGUUGACUUCAUUGGAAAACGAUAUUAUUUUGAAGCGAAGCUUGGCAUUCCGUGUCAGUGACCUGCUCAGAAGGGAAAGCAGUGGUUCUGCACUGGAUUUUGGAGCCGCAGCUCUGAGCGUUCCCACGUCACCAGAGGAGCCAGUGAGGGAUGAAAGCAUGUCUGCUUCCAGGUUGUGGUCUGCCCUGCUGAUCAUGCUGGGUUCUCUCUGCCCUAGAGGUUCAGCGUGUGGCAUUUCAACACACAUAGAAAUAGGACACAGAGCUCUGGAGUUUCUCCGUCUUCAAGAUGGGCGAGUUAACUACAAAGAGCUAUUACUAGAACACCAGGAUGCAUAUCAGGCUGGAACCGUGUAUCCUGAUUCUUUUUACCCUGGCAUCUGCAAAGGAGGAAAAUUCCAUGAUGUGUCUGAGAGCACCCACUGGACUCCGUUUCUUAAUGCAAGCAUUCACUAUAUCCGAGAGAACUAUCCCCUUCCCUGGGACAAGGACACAGAGAAGUUGGUAGCGUUCUUGUUUGGAAUUACUUCUCACAUGGUGGCAGAUGUCAGCUGGCAUAGCCUGGGUAUUGAACAAGGAUUCCUUAGGACAAUGGGAGCUAUUGAUUUUCAUGGCUCCUAUUCCAAGGCUCAUUCGACUGGUGAUUUUGGAGGGGAUGUGUUGAGCCAGUUUGAAUUUAAUUUUAAUUACCUCGCAAGGCACUGGUACGUGCCUGUCAAAGAUCUACUGGGAAUUUAUGAAAAACUCUACGGUCGACAAGUCAUCACCAAAAAUGUAAUUGUUGACUGUACAUACCUUCAGUUCUUGGAAAUGUAUGGCGAGAGGUUAGCAAUUUCCAAGCUUUAUCCCUCUUACUCCACAAAGUCCCCAUUUUUGGUGGAACAGUUCCAAGACUACUUCCUCGGAGGACUGGAUGAUAUGGCAUUUUGGUCCACUAAUAUUUACCGUCUAACAGGCUUCAUGCUAGAGAACGGGACCAGUGACUGCAACCUACCUGAGAACCCUGUGUUCAUUGCAUGUGGUGGCCAGCGAAACACUACCUGUGGCUCAAAAGUACAGAAAAAUGAUCAUCACAGAAAUUUGACUGCAUCCCUAACUAAAGAUAUUGAAAGAAAUAUCAACUAUACUGAAAGAGGAGUGUUCUUUAGUGUGGAUUCCUGGGCCCCGGAUUCCAUCUCCUUUGUGUACCAGGCUUUGGAAAGGAAUUUAAGGACAAUGUUUACAGGCAGCUCUCAGGACCCACUGAAGUAUGUGUCCAGCCCCUUAAUGUCUUACUUCUUGUCACUUCCCUAUGCGAGGCUUGGUUGGGCAAUGACCUCUGCUGACCUCAACCAGGAUGGGUACGGCGACCUCGUGGUGGGUGCACCAGGCUACAGCCGCCCUGGCCACAUCCAGAUCGGGCGCGUGUACCUCAUCUACAGCAAUGACCUGGGCCUGCCCCCAGUUGACCUGGACCUAGACAAGGAGGCCCAUGUUAUCCUAGAAGGCUUCCAGCCCUCAGGUCGGUUUGGCUCGGCCUUGGCCGUGUUGGACUUUAACAAGGAUGGCGUGCCUGACCUGGCUGUAGGAGCUCCCUCGGUGGGCUCUGAGCAGCUCACAUACAAAGGUGCAGUGUACAUCUACUUUGGUUCCAAACAAGGAAGAAUGCCUUCUUCUCCUAAUGUCACCAUCUCUUGCCAGGACAUCUACUGUAACUUGGGCUGGACACUCUUGGCUGCAGAUGUGAAUGAAGACAGUGAGCCUGAUCUGGUGAUUGGCUCACCAUUUGCACCUGGUGGAGGGAAGCAGAAGGGAAUCGUGGCUGCCUUUUAUUCUGGCCCCAGCAGGAGCAGCAAAGAAAAUCUGACUGUGGAGGCAGCCAACUGGAUGGUGCGAGGUGAGGACGACUUCGCCUGGUUCGGAUACUCCCUUCACGGAGUCAGUGUGAACAACAGAAGCUUGCUGUUGGUUGGGAGCCCAACCUGGAGGAAUGCCAGUGGGCUGGGCCGUUUGUUCCACAGUCAUGAUGAGAAAAAAAGCCUUGGAAGGGUGUAUGGCUACUUCCCACCAAAUUGCCAACACUGGUUUACCAUUUCUGGAGACAAGGAGAUGGGGAAACUGGGCACUUCCCUGUCAAGUGGCCGUGUAAUGAUGAAUGGGACCCUGAUGCAAGUGCUACUGGUUGGGGCCCCAACCCACGAUGACGUGUCUAAAAUGGCAUUCCUGACCAUGACCUUGCACCAAGGUGGGACCACUCGGAUGUACAAGCUGACACCUGACGCGCAGCCUUCUCUGCUCAGCACCUUCAGUGGAGACCGCCGUUUCUCCCGGUUUGGUGGGGUUCUGCACUUGAGUGACCUGGAUGAUGAUGGCUUAGAUGAAAUCAUCAUGGCAGCCCCAUUGAGGAUAGCAGAUGUAACCUCUGGGCUGAUUGGGGGAGAAGAUGGCCGAGUUUACGUAUACAAUGGUAAACAGACGACCCUUGGUGACAUGACGGGCAAAUGCAAAUCGUGGAUAUCUCCAUGUCCAGAAGAAAAGGCCCAAUACAUAUUGAUUUCUCCUGAAGCAAGCUCAAGGUUUGGGAGCUCUCUGAUCACUGUGAGGUCAAAGGAAAAGAACCAAGUUGUCAUUGCUGCUGGAAGGAGUUCUCUGGGAGCCCGACUCUCCGGGGCACUUCAUGUCUAUAGCUUUGGCUCAGAUUAAGGAUUUCACUCCAUUUGCCCCCCGCCUCUCCCUCUCUCGUGCCAGUCAUCUCCAGGGUUAGCGUGCUGGUGGAGGAAGUGGCACAUCCAGUGGCAGAUCCUGAUAGAGGUGGGACUCUUGGAGACAUGCACCAACUGCCAGUGUGGAAAUUGGAUACAUUAAAUGACAGCAGGAGAAAUAUGUGAAAUAGCAGACGCUCUGGUUAUUCAGGUCCCCUCCAAAGGUUACUUCUUUGCUUCCUUUGCAUCCAAACCUUUCUUCUUUCCUAGCUUAUUGCCGGUGCUCAGACCUGUCGAACAACCUAUUUCCUCCUCCACUUGAACAACCAUGUCAUUCUGAUGCUGGAAAGGUCUCUCUGUGGUUAUCUCUUAGGGCAAUCUCUAUGUACUGUUCCUCCUAAAAAUAUCCUAUUCGGUGCCCGUUCCAAUCAAAGUGUACUAGAAAGUAUGGUAUACAGAAAAAAAAAUUGAGCAAGGGAAACAGUAGAGGAGAAAAGUAUGGGAGUGAAGGUUAACCUUACACUCCCAAAACUACUUUAAGUGAUUUGCUCCUUUCUUAAUGAGGAUUACAUUUUCAUUGUUUUGCAUGGUGAAAAACAAAUAUAAAAACAAAUUUUAUCACCUUCCCAUGUCCUCAAAUGCUUUUAUAGAGAUGGCUGUUUUAAUAGUUGAUGAACCUAGUGACUCUCCAAUUAAAGUCAACUUAUGAGGGGCUUUUGUUGCAUUAAGUUGCUGCAAGUUGUGCCAACAGAACUAGAACAGAAACAAGAGAUCUGGCCUGAGCCAAGUAAGUGAUGGACCAAGGAGUGCAGCAGGCCUUGGCUUCAAUUGUUCCUGGGCUGUUUUUAGUGGGGGUGGAUUUCAUCUGCUGGUACUGAAGUGUGGCACAUUUAUGGGAAAGGAAUGUACCAUAGAAUUUCAUCUUCACUAAAAAUUUGCAGGCAUUACUAUCAUAAAUGGCAACUAGUUUAUUUUGUAUCAAUAAGGGAAGGACCUUUCUUCUGACACUGGUGAAAUGACAGUACAAAUAGGAGAAAAUAAAUGAAAAGAGCUCUUCUCUUCUCAGCUCCUCUAAAGGCAGAGUAGACAGGUGAAAGGAGACAGGAAGAGGAAUCCAACUGAAGGGUAGAAAGUUAAGUUAGGAAACCAAGAGAAAAACUACUGUGGCUAGGAUGUGAGCACGAAGUGGGUACACACAGGAAAAUAACAUAAGCAGGCACAUACCUAGAUAGCACUUCAGGAUCACUCCCAGGACUAUCUCAUUUUUCUUGAAGAGGUGUGCUAGCUGCAUGGUUCCCUAUGGCACAGCAAAAAGCACAUAGAAACAACAUUCGGUUUCUUUUUGGUAACAAUUAUUGGCAGCUCAACCUAUUUGAAGAAUUAUUUCUAAUUUUAAAAAAAAGCUAUGUUUAGUGGACCAGAUACACUGAGUUGUGCUCACAUCCAAGUUGAAAAGUUUGAGUGUAGCUCAAACUCUGAUGACAUCUGACACUGUGCUUUUGGUAAAGGUAUGCUUCUCCCAGUACUGGAUCUUCUCGUUGGAAGCCUACAUACUUUCAUACAGCCAUUAUUAUAGAAACUGUCAGUGUUUUUACACUUUGCUAAAUGAUAGGGCCUAUGUUCAAACAUAAUCUUAUUUAUCUCAGGAUUUAUAUUUUUCUCAAUGCCUGAACAACCAGACAGCAAGCACCAGGUGAAGGUUAAAACCUAUAAAGUUGGAAGCAAAUUUUCAAGUUUAUAGGAUAUUUAACCAUACUAACCCCGUUGUCAAGAACAACGUAAGUUAUACUCCUACUGUUGAAGGCCAACCUACAUGGCAACAUGUAAAAACCUGGCAUACAGAAAAAAAUUAAAAUACAUGACGUCUGAUGUAUUAUCCCUACAGGUAGAUUAAAUUUCUAUUCUAAGUAUUAACUGAAUCUCAAAUGCUUAGUAACUUAAAUAGAAAUACCUUGUAGGGUUUUAAUUUCUUAUGAACAAAAACCUGAACUCACACAACAGUUUAACUAAAAUUUAUCUUUAUUUCAGGAUAUCAGAAGACAUUUACUUAUUCGCAUUUUCCAUCUUUCUAUUGUAUAUCUGUGUAAAAACCUCCUUCAUGGCUUCAAGAUCGGAAUUGUUUUCUGUCUUUGUAACACAGACCUAGGAGACUAAAAUGAUCUGAAGUGAGCUUGGGAGCAGAGCAGGUCUCUGGAGUCCAUAUUCCAUGCACCAUCCAUAUUAGAUCACCUCUGUAGGCAUUACAAAGUAAUGAAAAUAAAUCCAUAAUUCAAAGUGUGACUUUAAUAUUGCAAUUAAAAAAAUAAUUCCAAGUUACUUUUGGAAUAACUCACCCAAACAGAGUUUAAAUAUGAAAUUGGUUGGUGACUAUUUAUCACAGUCUAUGUUUAUCAAGAGUAAAGCAAAUGUUAAUAGCAUCGUAAAAUGGCAUCUCUUCUGCCCACAUUUGCUUAGAGGCCUUCCAAAGAGAAAGACGGUCUGUUAAGAGUAUCAAACCUUAAACUUCUACAUGAUCAACAGGGAAUAUCACUGCUUGCUUGCUCACAUAAACUGGUGUUUGGUAUCUUAUUAUUUACCUUUCAAAUAGUAGUUAUUAUGCUCAGUCUAUCAUUUUAGUUCAAAAUUUAAAACCAAUGAACUUCAUAUUUCUUUUGGCACAGGCUCUACUUUACUGUUUGAGAACUUUAAUGUAAGCAGCAGCUUGCAAUCACCAAAGCAGAGCUAGUUGACAUUUUGAAAUCAUACUUGAUCUAACCACCUUGAAGAAUUUUAUAAACCAUUAGUAACUUCCCUUUAUCAGACUUAUGAGGUAGUUAACAUUAUUUUCCCUUUUAUUAAUGGGACAUGAUUCAUCAUAAAAAAUUAUUUUACCCAAGUUCAUGAACUGUCAGUAACACUACAAGGAAAAAUGACCAAAAUUCUAUCCCACGCCUGAUUUUAGUCAAACCAAAUUCUGCCCUCUGGGAUUCCAAUUCUUCAUCUGUCACAGCUAAGUAAUAUUUAUUACCUAUUUUACAGUGAUAACAUAAGACCAAAUAGCAGCAGAGUACUUUGAGGUGAGCCAAAAAAAGAGUACCCUGUGAAAUCUAAGUAUUAUCAGAGAUGAUCCUGACAAUCAUCAGAUAUUCGUAAUGCUAGAGUGCUGUACAGCCACGUUCCAAAAACUACACCACGAAGCGCCUUCCUGACUCACAGCGAGGUGCAAGUGCUCCAAGACUAGCCCAGCCUGUUUCAUGCCAUUUUAUUCUCUAGUUUCCCUCUGAUGACUUCUCAUAACCACACAGGAGUGGAAAACACCUUACCGGUAACUUCAUCUGUUUCCUUCCAAAUCAGCUACUGGAAUAACAUUUUUAUUCCCAUCACCAAACCACCUGGUAAAUGGACCCUUAGACUUCCUCAUAUGCUAUCACAUUAGGAUAAUCAGGUACCCUGAACAUCAUCAGGGUAAGCAUAUUUAUUCUUUUCUUACUACCACAUUUGUAGUACCAGAUAGUACAAGAGCUGCUCUGGAAAGUCUAGAAUCUUCCAUGAGUUUUACUUCUGGAGGCAAGUUUAACUGUAAUGUUCUGGUGCAUAACUGUACUUAACCUCCAGAAAAGAAAGGUAGGUAGGAUGUUAAGAAGGACAGCAGCUUUCACAAUUAGAAAUAUUAGCCAUUUAUUCUAAACCCAAAUCUGAUUUUGAAAACAAAAGGUAUCACAAGUCUAAUAUUUACCUAGCCCCAAGUUUUAGGAAGCCCAUCUGUCAACGUUUGAGGUGAAAGCAUAUAGAUUAGCUGGGCUAUACACAUAUUCCUUUUUAGGGAGGGUGGCCUAAAAAUCUCUUCUAAAAAUCAGGCAAUGAACAAAGCAGCUAUAAAGCAGUUACAGAAUGGAAAUACUUCCUUUCAAUUUUACUUCCAAAGGCUCUAAUUAUAGCCAAGCAAAGAAAAAUAGUUUCAGGGGUUAAGUGAAAUCUUGAUUAAUUGGAAUCCAUAAAAUGCUGGUAUUAUUUCUUUUUAUUCACCUUAUGUAUAAAAAGGGGCAAAUACAAGAUAAUAAGGUUAUGUCAAGAGUUUUUUUUAAAGCACAAACUUCCAGAGUUUAAGGCUAGUACAUAUUAUGCUAGCUUUUCAGUCACCUGAGAGUCAGGAAUUCAGAGGAACAUGAUUCCCUAUACUAUGAACUAUGGCUACCUGGUCUCAAACUAUGGGUCUGUCAAGUUCCUAGGCUUCGUUUGGCAUGAACUGUACUUUUCUUGAUAUGUAUAAGUUAAGUAAAAUCUAUACAACAGGC